UAUAGUUACAAUUUUGUUUUCUGUCGUUUUCCUGUGAUAUUUAUACUCAUACAAAAACAAUUUUCUUUGUCCAUCUAUACGACUGUGUACUAUAAUAUUGGCUUCAGAUUACGUCUUUACAAUUUUUAUCUGCCAAACAGACAAAACAGUAAAUCUUAAGAAAAUAUUUGAAAUUCAGAAUGGCAACAUUAUUAUUAUUGAUAAAUAAUUCAAAAAGGAUAACGCGCCGAAAUGUAUUCACAGUUGAUUCACACUGUCGUUGGCAGUAGUUGCACCAUAGAACAAUAUGAAAUGUCAUCUAUUCUGUGGUAGUUGGCCACAAUGGCUUUUAUCUUGAUUCCCACGUUGUUCUCUUAUCAACAAUAAUAUUUACAAUUAUUUUUUGAAGUUGAAAUGUUGAAUUAAUAUUGAAUAAUAGGUAUCACAGAAUAGUAUACGACUGGAGUAUAGGAGUUUCCCGUUAACUAUUAUUUCCAAAAAACUGCAUUCAACUAUUCAAGUCAUUCAACAAUAUUCAUUUCUGUAAUAUUUAUUGUUAUUUUGACGUUUGAAAUAAAAAAAAAUCUAUUGAUUUUGAACUUUUGUCUAAAUUCUUUCAAAACUAAUGAUUUUUGUAAUCCAAGUAUGAGAGUUAUUGAAUUUUUCAGCGGUAUUGGUGGAAUGCAUUUCGCCCUGAAAGAAUGCAACUUAGAAAAUUUUGAAGUUGUUCUAGCUGUAGAUAUAAAUACAGUAGCAAAUGCAGUGUACAGACAUUUUUUUCCAUCGACUAACCUAAGAGAUUUGAACAUUCUUUCACUUAGCCCAGAACAAUUUGAUGCAUAUCAUCCAGAUAUAUUAUUGAUGAGUCCACCGUGCCAACCUUUCACGAGAAAUGGCCUUGUCAAGGAUAUUAACGAUGAAAGGACAAAGCCACUGCUGCAUAUUAUUGAAAAUAUAAUCCCGAAAUCGGAAUCGCUUAAAUAUAUUUUAGUGGAAAAUGUUAAAGGAUUUGAAAGUUCUUUGGCUAGAGACAAAUUAGUCAACGCUUUGAGUCAAUCGGGUUUUACAUUUAAAGAAUUUCUACUUAGUCCCGUACACUUUGGCAUUUGCAAUUCAAGAUUGAGGUAUUAUUUAUUAGCCAAGAAGAAACCAUUAGAUUUUGCAAUAUCCUUACCAAAUGAUAUCAUAACUGAAAACUAUUGGGACGAUAAACUGUGCAGCCGCGUUCAACAAGUUUCAGAUGUAUUGAGCGAAUCCGAUACAGAAUUAGAAGAAUAUUUAAUUAAUGACAAACAAUUAUUAAAAGGCGGCAAAGCCUUGGACAUUGUUACUAAACACAGUAAAAGAUCAUGUUGUUUCACUCGUUCGUACAGUUCAUAUUUAUGUGGCACAGGUUCUGUGUAUUCCAGUCUAUGCGAAGAAAAUAUUAAAGAAAUUAUUAGUAACAAUGACGAUAAUUUAGAAGUGCUGAAAAGUCUAAAAUUAAGAUUUUUUACACCAGCAGAGGUGGCAAAGUUUAUGUGUUUUCCUGUAUCAGAUUUUCCAGUCAGCAAAAAAAAGGCAUACCAGCUUCUAGGAAACAGUAUAAAUGUUUAUGUUGUUUCUCGAUUAUUAUGUUUAUUAUUGCCUUAAGCCUUUGACUAUAUUACUAUGAUGUACAUCAUUUUAUUUACAUAUGUUGAAUGUAAAUUUUAUUAAGAGGAUGUGAUACCCGCAUAAUAUGUUGUCUCCGUCUUACAAGUGCAUAACAUAUCAAAUUAUACGCAAAGCAGAACAC